AAUCAUAAAUAAGGUUAGUGGGUGGAAGAAGCGGGAAGAGGCAUGGGGGGAAGGGAAAGCGAUCCGCAGAAACAACUGUUGAACCUCAUCCGCAAUUUCGCCGCUGAGAAAUCUCAAGGAGAAAGGAGAGUAGUUACUCUCAGAAAGCAAAUCGAGAAGCUUACUUGGGAGCUGAGCGAGGCCAAUUCAGAGCUUGAAAAUGCGAAGCGCUGCAAGGAACUGGUGGAACAGGAUCUCAAAGGCUUUGAAGUUCAAUUGUUUUUAAGUGAAGCUUCGGCUCAAACGCUAGAGGCGAGGGUUUCUCUAAUUCAAGACCAGAUCUCUGCCGUUGGAUCUGACUUGGAAACUCUCAAGAAUGAAGAAGCAGCAUUACGUGACCAAUUCAUCCACAACAUGCUUCGUCUGAAUGCGGAGAUAAGGAAAUUUCAUCAUAAUAUCAUUACUUGGGAGAUCGAUGCAGUAGAUUGUGCAGCUUCCAAAGAUGCACCGCAAGUAAUUAUGAAAGAGAACGAUGCUGAAGUUGCUUUAAAGGUUCUUGAAAGUAGGCUUUUGGAGUUAAUAUCUCAGACUGCUAAAGCGGAUGAGGAAUACCAAGCAGAGCAGAAAAUUUAUAAGAACGUCCAACAGCAAUUGAUUGAUCACGAAAGAAAGGUUUCCUUAAUGAACAUGAUAGUCAUGGAAACAGAAGAAUUGCAGGAUCUAACCAUAUAUCCUUACAAAUUUUUAACUGGUGCAAUUGUUUGAUAGUCUCUGCCUCGCAGGUUACACAACCUAAAAUCGUAGAAUAAUUUCACUAACAAAGAACAGUAGAAUACCCGUAAGUCGAUGGAGGUGAUUUACAAAUUGUAAAUGAAAUCAGUGAAUUUAAUGGGUAUGUUUCACUAUCAUAUAAUUAGCGUGCUCCAUUGUUAUAAGCUACUAUUUCGCCAUGAUUCAUUCCGAGGGCUGAACAGUAUACCUAGAAACUAUAGAAGGCGACACUUGAUCAAUGCAAGAAUAUUACUGACCAAAAUCAAGCUAAUCACAACCUAGAUUUUUGUCAUUCUGUAAAUCUCAUCAAAAUGAAAAGAGAGAAAGAGAGAGAGAGAUGAACAAGAAUUGUAAUUUUCUUUACAACAGAAAAGCAUGCUAUUGUUCAAUCCCCCCUUCUCGCAAAUUAGAUUUUGUAGUUAAUGUGAUCUUAGCAUCAUAAAUAUAGAGAAAAUAUUUUAAUUGAUUAGCAGCAUAAUCAAAGCAGAGUUACGUCCUUAACUGGAAACAAGCAAUCUUCUAAAUUGGAAGCAACAUAUAGUUCACUUGGUGAGGAGCUUCAAAGGAGAUGCAUGUGUCCUAGUUGUCAUCUGGA